AUGGAUUUGGAGUUAGGGGGCAGUGAGAUGGACAUCGCAACAGACCAGGGUUUUGCCAACAGCCUAUACAAGGCUUGCAACAUGAAAGAAGGAGGGUCUGCUCUUGUGGCGCCUGUUUGUGGAUCCUUUGUCUUUAUGUCGCGCGGCUCAACCAAGAGGUCUCACUCGAAGCCCAUGGGUGAUACUAGCUCUCCUGCUGUGAAGGCAGGAAACCUGCUGGCAUCUAGAACCCUGGUGAUCUUAUUGAUCUUAGCAGCCCAGGGGGUGUGGUUCAUCUUGGAGCAGCCAUCAUCCAGCUUGAUGGAGCAACAUGUUUUGUUCCAGCGAUUCCUGGGGUUGGUUACCAUGAACCGGUUUAGCAUGAUGAUGGGAGACUUCACAGCGCCCACUUUGAAGCCAACAUGGCUAUACUCCAGCCACACGGACAUCCAGGACUUGGAAGACUUCAAGGUUCGUCGGCGGCUUCAAAACGUGGAGAUGGUGCGCCACUACCGCGAUUCAAAGGGGCGCAGCCGCAUCACGGGCGGAGCUGGAUUGAAAGGAUCUCAAGCGUACCCAAAAUAUUUUGGUCAAGCGCUCUCUGCUUGCCGUUCACGCCACAAGAUGAAGCACCUACGAAUGGCUCGCGCUCUGUACCGGGCCGCCAAAGGAUCAGAUCGCAGGGUUGAUGUGCGCCCCAGAGUGAACAAGCUCUGGAGCGACCAUGCUGAUUUGAACAGUGUCAUACAGUUUCUGUCCCGCUAA